AUGGGGCAGAAGGAAAGAUCAGCAGCAAAGAUCUCUGCAUCGGUGGCCUGUACCAUUGUCUUUGUAUUAAUACUUUCUGCUUCUGCUUUUAUUUGCUUCAAGAAAAGAAAACCUUCGAAGAAGCAGCCAGGACUGGCAUUUCAUAACGCUGCGAGAGGAAAAUGUAUGAUCUUUGAUUUACCUACACUGCAAGAGGCAACAGAGAACUUCUCCGAGGAGAAUAAGCUCGGAGAGGGCGGUUUUGGUACUGUGUACAAGGGAACACUUCCAGAUGAGCAAGAAGUGGCAGUGAAAAGGCUUUCACAGACUAGUAGAGAGGGACUGAAUCAGCUGCACAAUGAAGUGCAAGUUUUGGCUCAGCUCCAGCACAUAAAACUUGUCAGGUUACUGGGGUAUUGCUCACAUCAGAAUGAAGUGAUGCUUGUCUACGAGUUCGUAAAAAACGGGUGCCUCCACAACUUCCUGUUUGAUGAAAGGAAGGGAAGGAAAUUAAAUUGGAACCUGCGGUAUAAUAUCAUUGUUGGAAUCGCCAAGGGAAUAUUGUAUCUUCAUGAAGACUCGAGCAUAAGAAUCAUUCACCGGGAUUUGAAGUCUAACAACAUUUUGCUGGAUGAGAACAUGAAUCCAAAAAUCGCAGACUUCGGGUUGGCAAGGCUGUUAGGAGGAGGCCAUACUCAGACCAAGACAGCUAAUGUUGCUGGAACAUACGGUUAUAUGGCACCAGAGUAUGCAAUAUUUGGAAACGUGUCUCCCAAGAUUGAUAUUUUCAGCUUCGGUGUUUUAAUCCUCGAGAUUGUAACUAGGAGAAAGAAUAACAGUUCGGAUGAUUACAAUAACACAGUGAAUCUCCUAAGCGAUGUAUAUAACUGCUGGACUAAGGAUAUGACAUUGCAAAUAGUUGACAAAUCGCUCAAUGUAUACUCCAAAAGUGAAGUAUUGCGCUGCAUCCACAUCGGUCUUCUUUGCAUCCAAGAGGAUCCAGAUGACAGACCGAACAUAUCCUCAGUUGUACUCAUGCUAACCCGAGACAGAGUAAAACUACAGCCACCACGACAACCAGCAUUUUUCUUUGCGAGAGACUCCAGUUCAGUUUUCGAACAUGCCAGACAUGGCAAUUAUAUAUACGACAAAUCUGAUGUGAUUGUGGAGGAUAAUUUCUCAGUGAAUGAGGUCACUAAUACUGAUCCCUAUCCUAGAUAA